CAGGCUCAAACUCAACCCACAGCAACUGCAAAUGGUAAACACAUUUCCCGCUCCUUGUUCAGGUUCAAAAAAUAUUUCGAUAGGAAGCAUUUUCCUUUUAUCCGGAAAAAUUUCUCUCACGGAGAGAAAAAUUACAAUGCGGCGAGAAUAUAUUAGGUUUUCAAUCAGUUCAAAUCGUCAUGGAAUCUCCUGAAGGUGACCGAAUCAACGCCGGUUCAUCAUCAACAUCCGCUUCAUCCCCGGUGGUUCAAGAAUCUCCUUUUUUCAAUUAUCUUAGCAGUCUCUCUCCUAUUAAGUCAGUUAAAGCACCACGUUAUGCACAGAGGUUUUUUGAAUCUCGUUUUCCAACUCCACCACCAGUUUUUAGAUCACCCCAUGUAGAUCUGCAGCGAGAAACCAGCUUUUUGAAAAGCAAUGAUGAAGAUGCUGGAGGUUCAGAUGCUUAUGGAUAUGGCAGAAAUCAACUGGAUAACAAAAUUGUUCCUUGCUUGCAAAAGGAAGUUCAGCCUUCAAGUCCUUCAGCGUGUGUUGAUGAAUAUCUGACAGAUCCUGUAGAGGUCGAAGACUCUAAGAUCUCUGCGGAUUUUCAUGUGCAACCUACCAAGAACAUCGGCCAAUUAUUACGAUGUGGCUUUACUGGCCCCAGAGAAAACAUCGGAAAAGUUAAUGAUGCUAAUGAUGGAAAGCUAGAGGAUUACGAGCUUAUGUUGCCUGAAAAAUCUGACGUCAAUAUGCCUAGUUCGCUGAAUUUGGUUGAAACUGCAGAUUGUCAGGCUCAGUCUAGUACGUUCCUUGUUUCUGGUGCAGAAAAUUCUGAACAGUAUGUGACCCAGAAUGCAGGUGUUCAACAUAAUGAACAGGAUGACAAUUGCCAGUUGUUGCCUGAAUCUUUGCAGACUGUUGAAGCCUAUCAAAAUUGUUCAGAGAGUUCAAAACCAGUGCCAAAAGGAUUCUUUAAGGAGGCUACUUUGAACCAACGUGGUAUACGUAGACAUCUUCAAUUCGAGGCUGCAGAAGCCUGCAAGAACACUACCACUCAUAAGAGCCAUGGUUCUCACAAUGUGAUUCAAGAAGCUGAUAAUUCAAAGUUACCUGCUAGCCAUUCAGAUUUGGAGAGUCUGAUAUUAUCUGAUGUUGAUCCAACAGAGGUGUCCAGUUAUAGGGAGGCAAUCAGCUACUCCCAAACUAUAGUUUCUUGGACUUCUUUAAGCCCCUCUGAAUUUGUUGGUUCCAAUCAACAUGGUGGAAGUCCUGCAAUGUCGGUUCCUAUUCCAUCUGAUGUUGGAUUGCAUUUAAAAAGUAUUGGUAGAUCAGGCCCCAUGGACUCAGAUCUUAAUCCAUGCACAAAAUUGCCUGAUUAUGCGAGUUCCAAAGAUCAUGGGCAGAGGGAUCAUUUAACAAAGGACUCAAAUGGAUCCUUAUUUUCACCUGUAGCUGGGGAACUUCAUGCUCAUGUGGACGACAAUUAUCAAAAAGAUAAUCAAACUAUUGUGGAAACCGGUUCUGCUGCUUCUCAGUGUACUGAAGGUGUGAAAUCACUGUGUGAUUCUCUGCGUAUGACACCUUCUGAGCAGGGAGUUUCAUCUGAGUGCAGGAUACUCAUUUCACACAAUAUUGAGAGUGUUGAGGAGUUAAACCAAGCGAGCCCCAAGAAAAAAAGGAAAAAGGCAACAAACACCGGUGAGAGUGAUGACUGCAAGCGUUGCAACUGUAAGAGGUCCAAAUGCUUGAAACUUUAUUGCGAGUGCUUUGCUGCUGGAGUCUUUUGUGUCGAUUCCUGUGCAUGUAAAGACUGUUUUAACAAGCCUGAAUAUGAAGACACAGUUCUUGAUUUGCGACAACAAAUUGAAUCGCGUGAUCCACUUGCAUUUGCUCCAAAGAUUGUUAAGCAUGAAACUGACUCACCAGCAAGUGUUGUGGAAGAAGGAAAUUGGACAACUCCAGCCUCAGCCAGGCACAAAAAAGGAUGCAACUGCAAGAAGUCUAAGUGUCUUAAAAAAUAUUGUGAAUGCUAUCAGGCUAACGUUGGAUGCUCUGAUGGAUGCCGAUGCGAGGAUUGUAGUAAUUCAUUCGGCAAGAAGACAGAUUUAGUAUACCGAAGAGUUCAAAGAUGGGAGAAUCCUUCUGCUGACAGCACCAAGGUUGGGACCUUAAAACAAUUUUCGCCAAGAUGGGAAGAACUUCCUGACAUAAGUCAUCUCACUCCACUGCCUCUUCCAUAUCCAAAGGCGUUGGCAUCUUCAGCUUCACCUAUAAGCAACCGUCCAGAAGCUCCACACGCUCAACUGCAUCAGGGAAGCACUCUCCAGUCAUCAUCCGGGCACCACCAGUGGCACAGUUCAAUGAAUUAUAUGCCACAAUUAUGCAAGAGCAAUGUUGCCAAUGGCUGCAGCUCUAACAGUGCCUUCCAUGACUUAAUGAAAGACGAUGAUGAUAUGCCAGAGACUGUGAAGGAAACUUCUACACCCACCAAGACAAUCAAAGCUGGCUCACCAAAUCAGAAACGGGUAUCUCCUCCACAAUCUUCUCCAGGCCUGAGAAGUGGGCGCAAAUUCAUCUUGCAGGCUGUGCCAUCUUUCCCUCCUCUCACUCCAUACAUAAAGUCAAAAGGUGAUGCUGGCUCCAGUGAUUCGAAAGGUGAAGCCAGUGAUCAUUGAUUUGCAGAACAAGAGAAGGGGCUAAGUUACAACAGUUUUAUAGAUUACAUUAUAAUAAAGUAUUAUAUAGUUGGGUUUUAUUCUGAGAAGCACUCUAUGCAAUCUGUAAGUCAUUGAAUGGUUUCGUGUAAUUACCAUCUGUAUAUAGAUUUCUAAACAUCAAACAGUUGUGUUUUCUGUAA